CCGGGACCUGAGCGAGGACUAAACAACCCCAGUUCCUGCAGGCUCUCCUCUGAAGUUUUAAUUGAAAUUACCCAAGCAGCUCUAUAAAGAAUGGAGUCAUUCAUAGCUCCAUUACUGGUAGAAAAAAAACAGGACAAGCUCAGACAUAAAUAUGCAAGGCAGUUAUUCCUUUUUUUUAUAUUUUGGUGUGCAGUGCCUCAGCAUGUGUGGCGGAUAAAUUUGGACACUCCAGAGGAAGCCCAUCAGAACCUCUCUUUCAGUGCUGCUGAUCGCUGGUGGGAGCAAACAGAUCUGACCAAACUUAUCUUAGCUUCAAACAAACUGCAGUGUCUUUCAGAGGAUGUCAGACUUCUUCCUGCUCUCACUGUGCUGGAUAUACAUGAUAAUCAACUGACAGCUCUUCCUUCUGCUAUAGGAAUUUUGGAAAAUCUGCAGAAACUUGAUGUUAGCCAUAACAAGCUGAAAAAUAUACCAGACGAAUUGACACAGUUGAGGCACUUGAAGAGCCUUCUUGUACAACACAAUGAGUUAAGUCAUCUACCUGAUGGAUUUGGACAGCUUGUCAGUUUGGAAGAGCUAAAUCUUUCCAACAACCAUCUUGCAACCAUUCCAACCAGUUUUGCUUCCCUAACUAACUUGAUACGACUCAACGUGGCCCAGAAUCAGCUAAGGAGUCUGCCAGCAGAAAUCAGCUCAAUGAAAAGCUUAAAACAACUGGAUUGCACUAAAAACUUCUUAGAGACCAUACCUCCCGAAUUGGCCAGCAUGGCAUCUUUAGAACAGCUUUACUUAAGAAAAAAUAAACUGCAUUUCUUACCAGAAUUCCCAUCAUGCAGAUUACUAAAGGAGUUGCACGUCGGAGAAAAUCAGAUUGAAGUGUUAAACACAGAGCACCUUAAGCAUUUGAAUUCUCUCUGUGUGUUGGAGCUUAGAGAUAACAAGCUUAAAUCACUUCCUGAUGAAAUUACUUUGCUUCAAAAGUUGGAGCGACUUGACCUAGCUAACAAUGAUAUUAGUAGAUUGCCUUAUGCACUGGGGAACCUUCCUCACUUGAAAUUCCUCGCACUGGAGGGCAAUCCUUUGAGAGCUAUUCGAAGAGACAUUUUACAGAAAGGCACCCAAGAACUUCUGAAGUAUCUAAGAAGCAAAAUCAAAGAUGAUAUAACUAGCCCAAGUGAGGAAUCUCCUGUGACAGCCAUGACUCUUCCAAGCGAGUCAAGAAUUAACAUGCAUGCCAUAACUGCAUUAAAAUUGCUAGAAUAUAGUGAGAAACAAGCAAUUUUGAUUCCUGAUGAAGUAUUCAAUGCAGUAGGAAGUAAUCCUGUCACCACAGUGAACUUCAGCAAGAAUCAGCUCAGUGAAAUUCCUGCCAGGAUUGUAGAGCUGAAAGAAUCAGUUUGUGAUGUCAGUCUUGGCUUCAAUAAGCUGUCAUCCAUUUCCUUGGAGCUCUGUUUGCUUCACAGAUUGACACAUGUGGAUGUCAGAAAUAACUUUUUGACAUCUUUACCUGAAGAAAUGGAAGCACUUACAAAACUGCAAAUAAUCAAUCUUGCCUUUAAUAGGUUUAAAAUAUUUCCCACUGUCCUUUAUUGCAUCCCAACACUUGAAACUAUCCUGCUCAGUAACAAUCAGGUUGGAUCUAUAGAUCCAUUCCAGCUGAAGAAGAUGGACAAGCUUGGCACCUUAGACCUUCAGAACAAUGACCUCCUACAAGUGCCACCAGAACUUGGAAACUGUGAAACUCUGAGGACGCUUCUGCUGGAAGGAAACCCAUUCCGCACUCCUCGAGCAGCCAUUCUGGCAAAAGGAACAGCUGCAGUACUGGAAUAUCUAAGAAGCCGAAUUCCUACUUGAUCAUAGUCAAGUUUUCGUUUCUUUGUUGGGCUCAUGAAUUAAAGUGCAAGCAAAGUUUGUCCAGUGCAGCAAACUUAGUCUUCCCAGUUGUCAACUAUAUUAAACUGGCCUGUGCCAUAAAAUAUUUGUAUUCUGCAUGUUGAGAAAGGUACCCAACAAUUUUAGAGUUUUUUCCAAAGUUACACAUCUGAACACUGCAUUAAAAACAUCACUGUCUCUGGAAUUAUACCCUGUAAAUUCAGGAUUUCUUUGCAUACUGGUUUUAGUAACAUUUUCUACAAGUCAAUUUUUAAAAUUUUCCAAAUGUCAAAAGACUUGUGUAAAAGUCCAAAGUAAGCUUUCUGAAGGGUUGUAUUGUAUGGAAUUCCAAGACCAUACGUUUUGUAGCAGCUAAUCAAUUUUAACUGUUGCAUCAAGUAUCAUUAUAUGUUACCUGUCUGCCUGUUCUAAAAUGCCCCAAACCUUAAAUUAUAGUUACGGUAUAACAAAAAAGGCAAGGGUAAGGAUUGAAAUGUGCUACAAAGGGUGUACAUGUUUACAGUAAAACUGAUCAAAAUUUACUUUGUUACUAGCACACUUUAAAACAAUAAAUGCUUCCUAUUGGA